GAGAGCAGGCUGGAGCGGGCUCCUGGAGCUCACGUGGGGAGAGUGGAGUCCCCUUCACGUGUAGAGGAACUGGGCUGUGACCACAUGAGGUCCCCAGCGAUGGUAGUGGGGUGCUUGGCAUUGCCGCGGUUAGAGAAAGACCCUGCCUGGUUGGAGCUGCUUCAAGGGAGGGUCCAAGGGGGUGAGCGUGGACCCAGAGUGCAGACGAGUUGAGUUCUCUGAGCUUCACUGUAGAACAGUGACUCUCAGCCAGGCUGGUUCUGCCCCCAGGGGACACCCAGCAAGGUCACCACUGAUAAUUGAUUGACUCCUCUGGGGGGAUGGGGACAAAUUAGCAUCUGGUGGGUUAGGGCCAGGGAUACUGGUCACCACAGUAGGGCCACAGGGCGGCCCCACCCCAGGAAAUGAUCCACAAUGUGAGCAUGUCCACAGUGCUCUGGAGCAACCCUGGAGGCAGGAGGAAUGUGCCCUGGACGGCCGGUGGGAGGGGGCAGGGGACAGCAGAGCAGGGGACCCCGGGGAGGCAAGAGAGCAAGGGGAAUCUGGGUGUCAACACCAGGUUAGUUAACUUACAAGGGUGGGCCUCGGUGUGGGCCAGGGUUGGAGGCCACCCAUACACGCUCCAGGUGUCAGGUAACAACCCUCUUCCACAUCCCCCUGUAUCGGACCUGCCUUCUGAGCAUCCAGGCCUUGGCUAGGAUUCCACCAGGGACAGGGAGCUCACUUCCUAUUGUGCCACCAGGCUGGUGUCUGGUGGGCUCGGGGUUGUGGACGGUGCCUGUGGUCUUGUCUGGCGUCUUAGUAGCCUCAGCACUUCAGACCACCAGGGGGUCUCCCCACAAUAGUCCGACUCCCAGUUUUUGGCUGAGUUCCAAGCCAGGGAGGCCCGAGAGGCCCAGGGCAGCCUCUCAGCCACGUGUUUGUCACACUCACUCCCCAGAGCCGAGGCCUGCACCUGCCGACCUUACAGCCAUGGAAGGCCUGGCAGCCCCACCCCGGAGGCCCCGCUCCAGGAAGGUGUCCUGCCCCCUCUUGGGCAGCAAUGGGGAGCUGGUAGGGAGAGGGGGCGUGGCAGGAGCUGGGCUGGGGUUGCUUCCGGGCUCAGCCUCAGGACAGGGCUGCUUGGGUGUUCCCAGCCCAGCCCAGCCCAACUCCUUCCCUUCCAGUCUCAUUCCCUGAGCCCCUCCCCACUGGGCUCUUCAGUCCCCAGCACCAACCCUGAACGUUCCAGCUUCUCAUCUCAGACAGGUCACGGGAUCUCCCGGGGCCCAAGCCCUGUGGUCCUGGGCUCCCAGGAUGCCCUGCCCGUGGCCACCGUCUUCACCGAGUACGUCCAUGCCUACUUCCGUGGCCACAGCCCCAGCUGCCUGGCACGAGUAACUGGGGAGCUGACCAUGACCUUCCCAGCGGGCAUCGUGCGUGUAUUCAACGGGACCCCACCCCCGCCCGUCCUCAGCUUCCGCCUGGUGCACACGGCCCCCAUCGAGCACUUCCAGCCCAGCGCCGAUCUCCUCUUCAGUGACCCCUCCCAGACUGACCCUGAGACCAAAGACUUCUGGCUCAACAUGACAGCCCUGACAGAAGCACUGCAGCGCCAGGCAGAGCAGAAUCCAGCCGCCUCCUACUACAACGUGGUGCUGCUGCGCUACCAGUUCUCCCGCCCGGGACCCCAGUGUGUGCCUCUGCAGCUGAGCGCCCACUGGCAGUGUGAGGCGACCCUCACUCAGGUCUCGGUGGAAUACAGCUACCGGCCGGGUGCCACGGCUGUGCCUACACCACUCACCAAUGUCCAGGUCCUGCUGCCUGUGGGGGAGCCUGUGACCAAUGUCCACCUGCAGCCAGCCGCUAUCUGGAACCUGGAGGAGAAGCGGUUCCUAUGGAAGCUUCCAGAUGUGUCCGAGGCAGGGGGCUCUGGCCGCCUGUCUGCCAGCUGGGAGCCACGCUCAGGGCCCAGCACUCCCAGCCCCGUGGCCGCUCAGUUCACCAGUGAAGGGGCCACUCUGUCCGGCGUGGACCUGGAGCUGGUGGGCAGUGGCUACCGCAUGUCACUGGUAAAAAGAAGGUUUGCCACAGGAAUGUAUCUGGAGAGCUGCUGAGCCUGGGAGGCUGACCGGCCCGCUGGGCCCAGCUCUGCACCUAGUCCUGGUGCUGGGUGACUGGCCCCUGCCUGCCUGCCGGGCCCAGGGGCCAGCACCUGGCCUCCUCCGAGGCCCUGACUCUGUGGAGAGGAGCCCCACGCCCAGCCUGGCUGAGCCUGAGAUUCACUCCCGCUCACACCAAUUCCCACACAGGUCCUUGGACUUUUAAUGUUCUUUGAAUAAACACUUUAUUUUCUAAUAAAAUAAUUUUCCUGCUGCUGGAAGUUUCCUUCCCAUCACCAGAGAGGAGAUGAAGAGAAGAUGGAUGCCCGGGGGAGAUCUAACAUCCAUAAUGUUCCCUGUCACCCCACCCCCUCCCACCUAGCCUGUGAACAGUGAUAGUAGGACAGAGCAAGCCAGACACGGACACUCCCAGCCCCAUGGACUCCCCCAGCCCCAUGGACUCAGCUGGGCUGGUGGAAGGAAGGAGGACUGGAGGAACCCAGAGGCAGGUGUCAGGAAGACAUCCAAAGGAGAGGGUAUUCUAAAUGGGGCUUGGAGGUGUGAGUAAGAGUUUGCAAGCUGCAGAUGGGCACCCCAUGCCGAGACAUGGUGAGUUCCAUGAGACAGCAAUUAGUCCAUGAACACCAGUUGAGUACCCACUGUAUGCCAGGCAGUAAGGAGCCGACUGUGAGUGGGAAAACGCUCUUGGAAGCCAGAGGGCUGUGAGCCAAAAGCCUGGCUUUAGAGCCUGCUUGGUGGCUGUGUGACUUUGAGCAAGUGACUUGACCUCCCUGGGCCUCAGUUCCCUCAUCUGUAACUCACCCCACUGGGUGGCUGAGGGGAGGUCUCACACUCUGACAAGACCCUGGCACAGGAGAAGCACCCCAGCAGUGCCGGCAGCUUUUCUGUGAUGGGAGCUAGGGUGGGGGCAGGCCUCAGUGCAGGUGGGCGAGAAGGGGCCUGCUUGGGGCCCAGGACAGGCCCGGUCACCAGCACACUGGCGGGGAGCAGGUCUGAGCUCAGUGGAAAGUCCUGCGUCCUAAUGGACAAGUGAGGACCCUGCAUGCCUGGGCCUCAGGCUGUGCAGAUGCCAGGGACCAAGCGGGGGCCAGGUGGGAGUCAGGAAGAGGGGUUUGGCCUGUGGUCUCUGAUCCUCACCCCCUACCUUCCAAAGAGAGAAGGGGGGCCCUGACUGGUGUGGCUCAGUGGGUUGGGCCUUUUCCCACAAACAGAGAGGUCACUCAUUCAGUUCCCAGUCAGGGCACAUGCCUGCCUGCGGGCCAGGUCCCAGCAACCCUGGUUGGGGUGGGCAGGAAGCAACAGA